UUCCCCAACUUGCCAACAUGGGAUAGAGCAGGAUAUCGGACCUGUCACUCAUAAAGCGUAUCCUAAAAGAAGGUAAAUGUCCAUUAUGAAGCGAUUUGGUCAGAUGCAAUACUUCCCGGAUAUGUUUUUAGAGAUGGAAAACGGUACAAACCACACGCAGGACCGCGCGCACGGUGCGCAAGAGGAAGAGGAUGGAGACGGACAGAACAGCGUGCGCGCUCUGCUGGGUUUCGUGCUCUUCCUUCUCAUCGUCUCCACGCUGCUAGGGAAUACGCUCGUGUGUGCCGCCGUGGUCAAAUUCAGGCACCUCCGCUCCAAAGUGACCAACUUUUUCGUAAUUUCUCUGGCCGUUUCUGAUCUCUUCGUAGCCGUCCUGGUGAUGCCAUGGGAGGCGAUAUCCGCGGUGGCGGGCACUUGGCUCUUCGGCCGGUUUUGCGCCAUCUGGAUCGCCUUUGACAUCAUGUGCUCCACCGCGUCCAUCCUCAACCUGUGCAUCAUCAGCGUGGACCGCUACUGGGCCAUAGCGAGCCCGUUCCGCUACGAGCGCAAGAUGACCCACCGGGUGGCUUUCAUGAUGAUCGGAGUGGCUUGGACGCUGUCCAUCCUCAUCUCUUUUAUCCCGGUCCAGCUCAAUUGGCACAUGGCUGAGGAAGGUGACCAGGGCGCAGGGGCUGGUAACGGCACCGACUACAGCGACAACUGCAAAGCCAAUCUGAACCGGACGUAUGCCAUCUCGUCUUCGCUGAUAAGUUUCUACAUACCCGUGAUCAUCAUGAUCGCCACGUACACGAGGAUAUUCCGUAUUGCGCAAACACAGAUCCGCAGGAUCUCCUCUUUGGAAAGGGCAGCGGAGCACGCGCAAAACCAUCACCAGUCCAACGACUGCUCCAACGAGAACUCGCUGAAAACCACUUUCAAGAAAGAGACCAAAGUUUUAAAAACACUCUCGAUCAUUAUGGGGGUCUUUGUGUUCUGCUGGCUGCCCUUUUUCGUGCUCAACUGCAUGGUGCCCUUCUGCCAGUGCGUGAGUGACACUACCUUCACCAUCUUCGUGUGGUUCGGCUGGGCCAAUUCCUCCCUCAAUCCCGUUAUUUAUGCGUUUAACGCGGACUUCAGGAAAGCGUUCUCCUCGAUUUUGGGUUGCAACAAAAUUUUCCCCAGCACCACAGUGGAGGCGGUGAAUUUCAGUAACGAGCUGGUGUCGUAUCAACACGACACGACGCUUCAGAAGGAAGCUCAACCGCUGGCUGUCCAGAUCCCGAACCCUAGAAAAGAGCCCCGUCUUUCGUUUGAUAAGGAUUCGGUUACCUCGAACGUGUCCCGCAACCACAAAAACUUGCUCUUACCCAACAUAGGACAGUUUGAGUGCGACGGGGAGAUUUCCCUGGACACUAUCACACCAUUCACCUCCACCGGACUCAUGGAGUGCGAGGGGAUCCCAGGCCAAAUUAUUAAUGAAUGAUUUCGUUUUUUUGUGUUUUUUUUUCUUAUCCAAGGCCUCCUCACAUGAAGCUAAAACUAAUUAUUAGUGAUAUUUAUUAGUAGUAUUACAAAGUAUGCGGAACAGGUUUUAUUCUGCAUUAUCAUAAAGGAAAUCAAACAACCAAAAAGUAAAGCAUUUUUGCCUCCCACAAAAAAAGGUGGUAAGUAUAGCACCAGAACUCCGCUCAAGCGACUACAGUAUUAAUCGUUACAUCGGCAAAACAUACUUGUUUUUAUGUUGUUGUUUUGUUUUACAAAUGUAAAACGAG